GCGUACUUCGAUUGUCUUUCAGAGGCUUCCGGGAGUUAGUAGUGGCCCAGGUGAGCGUAAGACGAGAUUUUGGCGGUUGCCUUCAUUAGACUCUCGCUCUCUCUAUUUGACAGGACUUUGCUGUAAGAUGGAGGAGACUGACAGGGAAGCAAUUGCAACAGCUGUACAAAGGGUAGCUGGGAUGCUUCAGAGACCAGACCAGUUAGAUAAAGUGGAACAAUAUCGCAGGAGAGAAGGCCGUAAGAAAGCUUCAGUGGAAGCUCGACUGAAGGCUGCAAUCCAGUCACAACUUGAUGGAGUUCGAACUGGCUUAAGCCAGCUGCACACUGCAUUGCAUGAUGUCAAGGACAUACAGCACUCUUUGGUUGAUGUCAAUAAAGACUGGCGGCAAAGUAUCAACACCAUAGAAAAUCUCAAGGAUGUUAAAGAUGCUGUAGUUCAACAUAGUCAACUGGCAGCUGCUGUAGAAAACCUCAAAAAUAUAUUCUCAG